CUGAAAAACCAGCAGAUGUAGGUCUCUCACACUGCGGGUAAGCAAACCCAUUCCACACUCCUGCAGGUGGUUUGCAUGGGGCAAUGGAAAUGGCCACAUGGAAAGCUGGCUUUCUGAUGCUGUGCUGUCUGACCGUGACAUCCGGGAUGUUCUUUGACCUGGGACCACAGGAGGAGAGGUGCAUCAUUGAGGAGAUUCCACAGGACACAUUGGUCACUGGGUAUUUUUUACUAGAGUACUGGGACACUAUGAAGAAAGACAGCUCCCCUCAUCUUGGACUAACUGUUACCGUAAGAGACCCAAGUCAUCAGGUGCUGAUGUCCAAAAGGUACGGCAGUCAAGGGAAGUUUACCUUCACCUCACAUUCCUCUGGCCAGCAUUUCCUCUGCUUGAAAUCAAAUUCCACGCGAUUUUCUAUUUUUGCUGGGGACAGACUGCGCCUACAUUUGGACGUGCAGAUGGGAGAGAACACGAUAGACCCGGGAGCCGCUAGAGCCAAAGACACAGUGAAGAACAUGGAAUACGUUUUGCGGCACCUGAUCGAUCAAGUCCUUUACAUUGGCAAGCAGCAAGACUUCCAGAGGGAACGCGAGGAAAUGUUUCGGCAGAUGAGUGAAGACACCAAUGGAAAGGUUUUAUGGUGGGCAGUAGUGCAAACAGCCAUUCUCCUCAUGGUCGGAUUCUGGCAAGUGAAAAGACUGAAAGAUUUCCUGAUAGAAAAGAAGCUUGUUUAAUUAACUAACCGAUUACCUUUCAGCUUCAAGCAUUGAAUUUAGUUUGUCUAACAUAUACAGUAUAGAAGUAGCUAUAUAGCAGUAGCUGAGAAAAACAAGCAAUUAUACAGUUAUGUCAUAAGGUGUAUAAAUGUAAAGCUUAGGCUAUAAACUCCUGUUUCUUUUUGUACUAUCAAAUGUCAUAUACUUUGAUUACCAAAACUCCUCAUGUAUUUCGGCCAUUAAACGUAAAUGUCAGUAUAAAACAGUGCUGAUCUCCACUGGAGGUCGACGUCUUUUUACAUGUGGCAGUUAAAAUUUUGCAGAAUUUCAUUAAAUAACCCAAAGUACCUUCCCCACUGUCUAAUUGUUUUCUAUUUAUCUGCUGUCUUUAUCUAUCAGUGUUCAGUUGUGAGAAAUAUAUUGUAAUUUAUCUCCAUAAUGCUUUCUGUUAG